UCAGAUUGCUCAUCAUUGUUCUAUUCUGUUCAUUCAUUCACUUUGCUACUUCUUUUGCUUCUUGCUUUGCGAAGCUAAAAUCAAUACAUAAUAAAAUAACUACGUCCGCCAUUGUACAAGUGUUUUAUCAUGUUGUAUUUAGCGUAACAGUAAAAUGCAAGGAACCGAUGCCACAUACAACGACUCUAUAUCUCCCAUAAAAUAAAACAAUGAACAUUUACUAUAAUUUAUUUAUUGUGCUUCUUCUUAUAAAUUCUGUGCAUCUUUACUGUGGACCAUACAAUGGACAAAUAUGUAAGAAAUAUUCAACGGGGUACGUAUGGUAUAACCAUACAGGAGGUUUUGACAAUGAGAAAAUCACAACGGGAUUAUGGAAAGAAAUGAUAUCGAAACUAAAGGAACCCUGUCGAAGUAGGGCUGAGAAACUUCUGUGUGCCUAUGCAUUUCCCAAAUGCAUAGAUAAAGAUGGAGUUGGUUAUUUUGCCUUGCCACUUUGUUUAGAAGAUUGUAUGGCAGUUAAAAUGCAGUUUUGUUACAAUGAUUGGAUAGUUAUUGAAGAACAAAAGCGACGGGGUGUUUUCUUUGAAAAUAGAGGACAUUUUCGGUUUCCAGAAUGUGAAAGUCUACCCAAAUUUACUGGAAAAGGACUGCAAGUAUCAUGUAACAAUGUUGGUAUUACAAAUAUGGAUUACAGUCAAGUUACAACAACAUGUUACAGAGACAAUGGACGGUAUUACCAGGGCACUAUGAAUGUUACAGAAUCUGGAUUAGCCUGCCAAGCAUGGGAGUCACAGUCCCCUCACCAACAUACUAGACCACCCUUAGUAUUUCCAGAAGUUCAGAAUGCCACCAAUUAUUGCAGGAAUGCAGGAGGAGAGGAAAGUAAGCCUUGGUGCUACACAAUGGACCCCAAUGUGCGAUGGCAACAUUGUGAUAUUCCAUCAUGUGCCAACACUAGUGAUGAAUUUGACAAUAGAAAUGGACCAAAUAAUAUUGUUAUGGAGAACUACUUUACACCUACAUUUGUACUGUUGCUCUCAAUUGGUGGCCUUGGAUGUGUCUUGGCAAUAGCUUCAAUAGCUUUAUUAUGCCAUUAUUUUGUUAAAAACCAUUACUCCAAAUGUAAUAUAUCAAGCCGUAGAAACAUGCCUAAUAUGGACAUAGAUCUGGAUAAAUUACCCAGUAAUUUAGCUUACCAUACAACUGGUGCACAAUUGAAUCCUAAGCUUGAGAAAUUGGAGUUUCCAAGAAAUAAUAUUAUAUACAUCAGAGAUCUAGGACAAGGUGCUUUUGGUAGAGUAUUUCAAGCCAAAGCCCCUGGACUAAUACCUGAGGAAGAAUUCACAUUGGUUGCUGUAAAAAUGCUCAAAGAUGAGGCUUCCCAUGACUUGAAACUAGACUUUGAAAGAGAAGCUUGUCUGUUAGCUGACUUUGACCAUCCAAAUAUUGUAAAACUACUUGGUGUAUGUGCUAUUGGAAGACCAAUGUGUUUAUUGUUUGAAUUUAUGGGGAAGGGGGAUUUAAAUGAAUAUUUGAGAGCUUGCAGUACAGCUACCAAUUUCCCACCUUCUGUUGAAAACAGAGAGGAUUUGAGAUUGCUUGCAACUCCUCUAAGCCAUUUAGACCUCUUACAUGUUGCUAGACAGAUAGCUUCUGGUAUGGUUUAUUUAUCAGAUAGAAAAUUUGUUCAUCGAGAUUUAGCCACUAGAAAUUGCCUUAUCAAUGAUGAUAUGGUAGUAAAAAUAGCAGAUUUUGGAUUAUCACAUAAAAUAUACUUACAAGACUACUACAAGGGUGAUGAACAUGAUGCCAUCCCUGUGAGAUGGAUGCCUUUAGAGAGUAUACUGUACAAUAAGUAUACAUUAGAGUCAGAUGUGUGGGCAUAUGGGGUUUGUCUUUGGGAAAUAUUUUCAUUUGCUCUUCAGCCAUAUUUUGGCAUGACACAUGAGGAAGUAGUAAGAUUUCUUAAGGAUGGCAAUGUUCUAGCAUGUCCAGACAAUACACCAAGGUGUGUGUAUGAUUUGAUGAAACAGUGUUGGAAUCACAGUCCAAGUGAUCGUCCCAACUUUAGAAUCAUCUACCAAACACUGGACAGUAUUCAAAUGAUUUUGGAAAGAACUCAUCCAGAAUAAUUAAAGUGUAUAUUGAUUGAAUAGGUGUAGACAUUACAUUUUGUACUAAUUUUAAGACUUAAUUUACUUAUUUAUUAUUUUGAAUUUAUCAACAGUGUUAUUAUUUAAUUGGAGAAAAGUGUAGCAACUUGAACAAUAUUUAAACUCAAUUUAUGUCAAAUAUGGUUUAUGAAAUAUUUUCUUGCCCUUCAAAAGUUCAUAAUUAAGUGAUUUAAUUUCAGAUAAGCAAUUGAAUUUAUUGGUCAAUUUGGAAAAACAAUUAUUUUAUAAGCAGCUUACACAUGUUCAUACUUAGUGUCAAACCAUUUAAUAUUUUGUUCCCAAUUCCACAUUAAAUCCAAGACUGAUUUUUGUUAGUACUUUGGUAUCCUAAUUUAAAGUAGGCUAGACUUUGUCUCUUGUAAAUGUUUUAUUUAGAAAUAAAGUUGAAGCAUUUGUAAGUUAUGUAGUAAUAGUAUUUAAGUUUGCCAAUUAAUUAUUGUAAUUUUCAAUCAUUGUAAGAGACCUUAUAUUGUUUAUGUAUUUUUAAACUUGGAUACUGCCUGUUUCACAAACUUAAAUUUAUCUUUUUAUGAGUUGUUGAGUAUAAGAUUUACAUGCUUUACACAAAGCAGUUCUGAUAUAGUCUGAAUUACAUAUACAUUAUGUAUAGUGUUCAUGUUAAAUGUCUUGCCCAGAUUGAAAAAAUUGACUUGCCGUUUUAUGGAAUUUUCAAGUGUUAACUAAAAUUGGAAUUGUAUUCAGCUAUGAUUUUAAAUAAAAUUAGGAUAAUUAAGCAACAAAAUUGGACUGAAUGUCUCCCUAGUGAUCGAUAACAAUAUGUGUUUAAAGUGAUAUGUCCAAAGUAAACAAAGUGUACAUACUGCCAAACAAUGUAAAAGUUCUAUAUAUACAUACAAAGAGUGAAUGUAAUAUUUUUCGUAACGCUGACAGUUAAUAUAUAGGCAUCUUUAAUUUUUAGAAUACUUUUAUUUAUGUAUGUAUCUAUUGAUUACAGUUUUACGAUGUAAUAUUAUUUUGUCAAUAACAGUAAUU